GUAAGCCUAAAAUCUGAAAGCUUCGACCUCUCCGGCUACUGAAGCAGCAACUGCAAGCUUCCGUUCAACAAUCUAGACAUAAAAUAUGAAGGCUUCGGCCUCUUCGGCUGAACCUAAGCGAAAUGUGCAAUACUAGUCGGGCCCGCCGGACGGCCGGCCCGAAUUUUACAAUCCUAGUGGGGCCGGCCCAAAAAAGCACGGCCUAUGCCACAAACUAUGGCCUGACGGCCGAGCGAGAUUAAAAGAGCAUGGCGGAGUAAGGAGACAGAUAACAGCUGGUUAGAGAGAGAGAGUGACAUGGCUGCAGCGGUAGGAUCUCCCAUGGCGGAGUAAAGAGAUAGAUAACAGGUGGUUAGAGAGAGAGAUUGACAUGGCUGCAGCGAUAGGAUCUCCCUUAGUCUCGUACUGUCUCCACCCCAACACACCUCUUACCCCACUCCCUCUCCAACUCUCCCAUACCAAGCAAACAGAAAAUCGCAACCCCAUUCUCUCACUUCCUGUGAACUCGCUCAGAACCCUGCUCCAUGACUGCAGUCGAACCACGUCCCUAGACGAGGCCCGAGCCCUCCACUCUGAAAUGCUAACCCACCCAAAACUCCAUCACCUCAUGCCUGACCUCGCCUGCACCUAUGCUUCUUGCAACAGCAUGGCCGAGGCGGCCUCUGCCUUCAGCCAAAUCCCCGAACCAAGUCUCCAAUUGUGGACGGAGAUGAUUCGAGGUUAUGUGCGCUCCGGCCUAUUCAAAGAGGCUCUCUUCCUCUACAUUGUUAUGCUUGAGGCUGGACCUUUUACUGAUAAUUUCAUCUUUCCUGCUAUUCUCAAGGCGGCAUCAGGCCUCAAAGGCUUGGAAAUUGGUGAGCAGGCUCAUGCGCAGGCAGUUAAGACUGGGUACUCUGAGUCCUCUGUGACAGUGGGUAAUACAAUUCUGACCAUGUAUGGGAAAUGUGGGCUUGUGGAGAAAGCGAAGAGGGUGUUUGAUAAAAUGCCUGAAAGAGAUCAGGUGUCAUGGAACUCGAUGAUUGGGGCACUGUGCCAGGGUGAGCAGUGGGAGAGGGCAUUGCAGGAGUUCCAAUCCAUGGUGUGGGGUGGGGUGAGCCCCAGCUCGUUUUCUCUGAUCAGCCUAUUGCAGGCCUCUGCACAACUUAGCUUGCUGUCCCAUUGCCAAGAAGCCCAUUGCUACAUUCUAAGAACAGGGCUCGAUGAUCAGACAUUCACAACCAAUGCUCUCAUGGCCACGUACGCAAAGUUGGGGAGGUUGGGUGAUGCAAGAAUGGUUUUUGAGAGGGUUGUAAAUCAUGGUUUAGUGUCAUGGAACACAAUGGUGGCUGCCUAUGCGCAAAAUGGCAGGUUCGAAGAUGCGUUGGCCAUGUUACGCUCCAUGGCUGGUGUCAAGCCCGAUGGUGUCACACUUGCCAGUGUGCUCCCUGCCUGUGCACAAACUGGAGCACUGAACCACGGCAUUGAGAUACAUGCCUAUGCCAUGAGAAAUGACGACCUUUUCCUUAAUGCCUAUGUCGGAAGCGCUCUUGUUGACAUGUAUUGUAAUUGUGGUCGGGUUCAAGAAGCUCUUCAUGUAUUUGAAAUGGUUUCAGAUUGGAGCAUUGCAUUGUGGAAUGCAGUGAUCACAGGGUAUGCGCAAAACGGCUUUGAUAUAGAGGCCUUGCAGCUCUUUGUGAGAAUGGAGCCUUCUGGGCUCAAGCCAAACCCUACCACGAUGGUGAGCGUGCUCCCUGCAUGUGCACGGAGUGGGGAAUUCCAUCAGGGCAAAGACAUGCACUCUUACAUAGUGAAGAGGGGUUGGCAAGGUGACAAGUUCGUGCAAAAUGCACUCUUGGAUAUGUAUGCGAGGGGUGGGCAACUACGGACUGCUCGAACAAUCUUUUCAGGUAUGGCGUCCAAGGACUCAGUGUCAUGGAAUACCAUGAUAACCGGAUUUGUAUUGGCUGAGCUUCAUGACGAGGCACUUGGCCUUCUUCGAGAGAUGCAUCACAUGGGCUAUAGAUCCAAUUCAAUUACACUCAUGACCGUGCUCCCAGCUUGCGCAGCACUGUCUGCUUUACACAAGGGGAGAGAGAUUCAUGCCUAUGCAAUUCGGAAUGGGUUGGAGGCAGAAGUAACUGUGGGGAGUGCAUUAGUUGAUAUGUAUGCCAAAUGUGGGUAUUUAGGUCUAGCGCAAAUUUUCUUCGAUAGAAUGCCUGAGAGAAACUUGAUCACGUGGAAUGUACUGAUAAUGGCCUACGGGAUGCAUGGUUAUGGUACUGAGGCCUUGCAGCUGUUCAAGAAAAUGGAACUAAAUUAUGUGAGGCCCAAUGAAAUCACAUUUAUUGCCAUUUUCGCGGCUUGUAGCCAUUCAGGGCUUGUGAAUGAGGGUCGAGAAGUGUUUUCAAGGAUGGGGAGAGACUUCUCAGUAGAUCCUCAACCUGACCACUACGCUUGCAUGGUGGACCUAUUAGGUCGCGCAGGUCAUUUGGAUGAGGCCUAUCAUCUUAUUUUAUCCAUGCCAUUUACACCACAUGCAGGGGUCUGGAGUAGCUUACUUGGGGCCUGUAGGAUCCAUGGCAAUGUCGAACUAGGGGAAAUAGCAGCCCAUCACCUAUUCCACCUCGAGCCAACAAUCGCUAGUCACUAUGUACUCCUUUCCAACAUAUAUUCUGCUGCCAGUAUGUGGGCCAAGGCAAUGGAGGUGCGCUCUCUUAUGAAAAACAAAGGGGUAAAGAAAGAGCCUGGGUGUAGCUGGAUAGAGGUUGGUGAUGGGGUGCACAAGUUUUUAGCAGGGGGCACUCUUCACCCUCAGAGCGGGAAGCUGUAUGCUUUACUGAAGAGAUUGGCAGAAGCAAUGAGGAAGGAAGGAUAUGUACCUGACACAACCUGCGUUUUGCAUGAUAUCGAAGAGAGCGAGAAAGAAAUUCUUUUGUGCGGUCACAGCGAGAAGUUGGCCAUGGCGUUUGGGAUCAUCAAUACACUACCAGGGACAACGAUUCGUGUCAGUAAGAACCUUAGAGUAUGCAGUGAUUGCCACACUGCUGCCAAGUUCAUCUCUAAGAUAGUCGGCAGGACGAUAAUCAUUCGUGAUGUCCGACGAUUCCACCAUUUUAACGAUGGAUUUUGCUCUUGUGGAGAUUACUGGUAAAAGUAAAAAAUGCAAGACGAUAAUCAUUUGUGAUGUCCGACGAUUCCACCAUUUUAUCGAAGGAUUUUGCUCUUGUAGAGAUUACUGGUAAAAGAAAGAAAUGAAAAAGAAAAAGAGAAGACAAUUGAUUUGAAUGUUGGCUUUCAGUAGAAUAGACAAUGAAGGAUUGGAAGGAAAUUUCGAUUCCUAGAAUCUUCUGUGCCCAUUUUAGAAUUGGGA